AUGCCUCGUCUGGACAUUUCCAGUAACCCCUUCGUCACGUACUUCCUGUCGAGCAGAUCGAUUUGUAGUUGGAAGUUGGAUCCUUUGCCACCAGACUCCAGAUUCAGCGCCUUACCGAGUGCCGAAUGCGACGACGAUCUAAGGCUACCUUAUGCCUUAACAAAUGCUAUUCGGACCUGGGCUGAUUCGUGGCCAAGAUAUGAUGGUGCAGCCGUCAACUCCUCCUGUGAAGACUUACGUCUCCCAUCUGAAUUUCCUACUCGAUAUUACAUAAACACUUUUGUGCAUACACGAUCACAAAUUCAAGCCUUCUUUCCCAGAUGCUCGAAGUCGUACAUGAAGGAAGUGACAUCAAAGCUUGACGUUGAACGUCUCGGGAAGGAGAAUUCGAGCGAUCUACUGCAGUUCUCAGUAAGAAAUGAUGUGAUCGUCGCGUAUCGAUCAAUAACUGAUCAAUUAAACAAUCGAUUGGCUGUUGUUGGUGUCCAGUGGAGAAUGUCAUAUGCAAAUGCGUUAUUUACGAAUUGGACCCGUUCGGGUACGAAACAGUGGAAUGAUUGUAAAAAGAUGGACUGCCUUCUCGUUACGCGGAGUGGGUUUGUACUGGCAUCAUCGACUACACGUAGUCCAGGCCCACUAGCUCGAUUCGAUCCGCAAUUGUUUGCGAGCCUGGUGGAAAACGGUGUCGUAACCACGUACUCAUGGGUGGACGCCCAAGCAGAGUGUAUGGCCAGCCGAUCUGCACCGUGGUCAAGCCCGGCAACUUCUAAGAGCAAUAUUGUCAAAACUCUCAUCAGCAGCAUUACAGCUAUCAUUGGCAAGACGUUUUGGAUCGAUCUCUAUUACCUUCUCUCGUCGUUCGUCGCAGGUCAGCCAUCCAUGUCCGGAGGAAUAUGUCGCUUUCAGCGAAUCAAACCUGUUGAAAGGUACGCUCGAGUAUUCCCAGUGCCUCACACAACCCUGACAGUGAUAAGAGUGGAUCGUGCCUGCCCCGGUUAUCGAGCCAGGAGGAAGUACCCUGUCCAACCACAAAUACUAGAAGGCUGCGAAAAGGUCACCUACUUCGAUCGACGACCACCGACCCAUUAUAAUACAACUGUCGAUGAGGAUGAGGGACCAACAGUAGAGUGUCUUAUCAGUGACUUUACGAGUACUAUUCAGCCAUGGAUUACUCUAACAAUUCUUCCUUUUGCGGUGAUCUCUUCACUGUAG